AUAUUUUUAUUUUUACUAUUCUAAUUUGUUACUUUGAGACUUAGCCUCCGUUUGUUUGCCAUGAAAUCAUUUUCCGGAAAAGCUUUUUAGCCUUUUCCAGUGUUUGUUUGGCUGAAAAGAAUUUUCUAACGUAAAAUGAAUUACAAAACACGGGAGAUGAGACCUUUAAUUUGGGAAAAUGUCUUACCCUUUUUAUUUCGUUAAGAUAUUUUCAGAAAAAGAAGCCAAGAACUCUGAACACCUGAUAUUCCCUUUCCCUUCCUCUUCCCCCAUCCUUGACACCCCAAUCUUCUGCUUGCCGUCAGCCAAUAAUGAUUCUCAACACUAGACGCUGGCGUUAAUCUUUGAUUUUCCUCAUCUUCGCCUUUCGUUGUCAAAAUGGUUACUGCACCACCAAUCGGCAUAUAUAUUUGGAGUCACCCUCCCCAUCUACAUCCAUCUUUUCCAUUUCACUGAAAAUUAAGCCCUAGAAUUUUGAUUUGAAUCGUUCUGAGACAGCCAAGAUUGGUGGUUUACAUCCUGUGCUAUGAUAGAGGCAGUCGGGUCAUGCCUCACAAACAAGUAUUCCAAAGGACUACCUGGUAAAAGUACAAUGGUGGCAAUGAGUACAUUGAUGAACUUGAAAUACUUUGCCAGAAAAGGGCCUUGGCAGCAUUUCAUUUGGAUGAAAAGAAGUGGGGCAUUAAUGUUCAACCAUUGUCUGGGUCUCCGGCAAACUUUGAGAUAUAACACUUUCUCACCUGAUUCUAUGAAGAAAAUGCCUAAAUCAGAUCUGGUUGAAGAGACUUGGAGAUUACAAGCUGUAGCCUGUGAGCAGACCGAAAUCACCGAGUUUAGCCAGCAGGAGUUUGAAAGACUUCAAAAAUGAAAAGAUUCUCUAUAGAGUUUGCUUCGAAGAACAAAUCAACAUAGUCCUCCUCCCAUGUAGGCAUCAUGGCCUCUGCAGUACAUGCUGUGAGAAGUGUAAAAGGUGCCCAAUCUGCCGUGUUUCUAUAGAAGAGCGAUUGUCGGUGUAUGAUAUGUAGUCUGAAAUUACCUGUAGAAAAAAUUCAUGUAAAGUUUUCAAGAAUUGUUUGUGAUUUUUGGUGAAGCAAGCAUUGAGAAGCAAGUCAAUUUGGUUUAUUGGAACAUGAUACAAAUGUGUAAUCACAUCUAGGAAUUGUAAAUAACAUUUGUAAAUAACAAUUACAAAUAAUUUAUUUGACUUUGAUUAUUUUUAAA